GGAAAGCAGUCGGCUUUCGAUUGCAAAGUUGGAACUUGAAAGUUGGUUUGUUUUGGUAAACAUUGCAUGUUGAAAAAUCUUUCAUUUUUCCAAUUUACGAUUAUUGUUUAAUUUCUACUCAGAUCUUCUAAGUCAAUGACACUUUAGAAUACCUUUUUCAAAGUCACUUUUUAAGAAGGCAAUAAUGUUGAGCAGAUUGAUUUGGAAUUGUUCGAAGGUACCAUUCAGAAAGUCAACCUUUGAAUCUAUUGUCACAGGUCAAUCACGCAUGCUACUAACCCAGCCACGAGCAAUUCAAACGUCAUGCUCAAAACUCGUAUUUCGCUUAUCAAAAUCUUCUCCAAAGUAUACACUGAAAAGUGAGAACAAUAGUUUGCAGCUGCUGAGGAACACACCACUUCAACUCAUGGAGUUCAGCACGGAAGCUGCCGAGCCCCAACUGUCAAACAAGGACAAAUUAAAGCGCGCCGUCAAAGAAUAUGGGGCAACCGUUAUUGUUUUUCACGUCAGUAUUUCGCUCAUGUCCCUUGGAAUUUGCUACCUCGCUGUUUCCGGUGGACUGAACAUGAAUAGCAUGCUUGAGCAGAUUGGUCUUCACGGAUCGAGUGACGUCACAACAGAGGCCAGCCUAUGGAUAGUUGCUUACGCCGUUCACAAAGUUUUGGCUCCCGUUAGGAUAGGUAUCACACUGCUUGUCACACCGCUAAUCGUACGCUAUCUCAGAAAGAAGAACAUUCUAAAACCUCCUCAAAUAUCCAAAUAGAACGAAAUCUCCUUCAUUUUUCAGCUAUCAAUCAAAAUGCUGUCCUGAUACAGAGCAUACACCACUGAAUUAAGCUGGGAUCCCGCAUAUCAGUACCAAUGUCCGAUUCCGGUGCAGUAAAUAUAUUAUUCUCAUAUGUUCUAAUGAGACUAUUUCCACUCAGCCCAAACGAGCUAGUAUGAAUGGACCCAUUAGAAUGCAUGGGAAAAAUAUUUAGCAAAAUACUAAUUUCUAGGAAUCCAGCUUUUUAAUGAUAUUCACUUCAAACUUUCAACAUAGCUCAUGGAUUACAUCAAUGUUCCCAUUUGUCCAAUGCUGAUAUGUUGGAAGUGAAUUUCACUAUAGAUGAAAAUGAAAAUAUUCUUUAUUAGGCGGAGUUAGGACUUUCAAGUCCUCUCUACCACUCAACCUCUCAAUAGAUUAUGUGCAAAAAGUUUUUAAAAGCAAGUAAAAUUAUGCGGCGAAUUGGUUAUGGUAUUAAUAGGUGGAAGAAAAUAUGGAAUAUUCUAUGAAAUACGAUGAUGUUUUCAACAAUAUGACUGAAACAAUAUUUUUACAGAAAGUAUUACGAUACGCCUGUAUCAUCUGUGCUAUUAUACAGUUAUUAUCAUUAUUCAAGGUUCAAGCUUUAAUUUACUAAGUAGAACUAUCAUACUUGGACCACGCUGAUAAGACCCUGGUUUUCAUUCAAAUGACAAACAUGGAUCUUCUUGUCACGCACUAGUUACAACAAUAAUCUUAUUAUUUGAAUGCUGAGUCGUUAUCAUCUAUAAUUUAUAAGGAUAAAUGUCGUUAUCAUUUAUUUAUACGUAUCGUAUAAAUAAAAAAUCAUCUAGCUGAGAAAAUUGUUAUCUGUCUCAGAGAAAAAGUGGCACAAAACUUGUUAACUUCACUAUAAACUGCAAUAUAUUAAUAUUCUAUAUUUAUGAUGAUUCUGUUUGUAUGGAUCUGUGCCAUUUUUUGCAAAUAUAAAUCAUUUAAAGGGAAAAUGAAUAUCUAUAUAAUUAUGUAUCAAGCUAUCGAGAUCAGCAUUAACUAAAAAGCUCAAUAAUAUUAUUAAGAUUAAGAGUUAAUAUUAAUAUAAAGAUAAAGAGUUAGGAUAAAUAUUAUUAUCAUAGCCACCUCUGAUACAAGGCUCCGGCCUACGAUAUUGCAACGUCGCAGUGUAGGCCUACAAUCUAAUACAUGAUUGGUGAAAAAGAUUUUUAAAAAUACCAGCUGAUCUUUUUCACCAAUCAUGUAUUAUAUUCUAGGCCUACACUGCGACGUUGCAAUAUCGUAGGCCGGGGCUGUGUAUUAGAGGUAGCUAUGAUAUGCAUUAGUAUCAAGUAAAUGCAUUUUUACAUCAAAUUUAUAGAUUAUUUAUUCUGAAUUAAUUGUUUUUAUUAGAGAUUUUUAUUUUAAUCUAUCAUUGCUUGUGAUCGUAUCACUUUCAUUGGAAAGAAAUUGUACUUAUUCAGAGAUUAUAGCUUAAUAAAAAAUUGUUAUAUAUCGUA